AUGAUAAAAAAUGCAGUAACUAUGCCGAUCUCACAAGUUACACGUGAAAGAGCUUUCUCGAAGAUGAAAAUAAUUAAAAAUUAUCUUCGAAAUUCAAUGACUGAUAAACGUUUAAGUGAUUUAACAGUACUAGCUAUUGAACGUGAUUUUGAUAUAAAUUUUGAACGAGUAGAGAAAUUCAAAGAUCUUGAAUUCUAUAAUAUAAAAGACUUUGAUGUUAAAUUUGCUGAUAAUGAUGAACGUCUUUGCUAUAUUCAACUACGGGCUGCCGAACAAGGUACAAACUGUGUAGUAAACUAUCAUUCUGACGCUUUGUUUUGUGAUGUUGAUACUUGUAUUGCUAAUGGUACUGGAAAAGGUGGCAUGCACUAUCUUAUAGGCUCCAAAGAAGACUAUGAUUAA